AUGGAGCCUGGUGAAUCCAACAGCACUGUGCAUUUUGAAAGUGCUGAGGACCUGGAGAUAAAUGACGAGAAUGUACAGCGAGGUCAAUGGGCCUUGAAAGCUGACUACUUGCUCUCAGUGAUUGGCUACACUGUGGGACUGGGUAAUAUCUGGCGAUUCCCUUACCUGGUUUACAAAAAUGGUGGAGGUGUUUUUUUAAUUCCCUACAUCGUCAUGAUGAUAUUUGCUGGGAUGCCGAUAUUUUUCAUGGAGUCGGCUUUGGGGCAGUUUGCCAGCCUCGGGCCUGCUCAAGUGUGGAAAGCUGUGCCCAUCUUACAAGGUAUGGGACUCCUGACCUUUUUUGCGUCAACAUUUCAAGGCAUAUAUUACAACUGCAUUGUUGCCUACUGCCUAUUCUACUUCUUUAUUUCCUUCCAAACACCUCUGCCAUGGCAAGAAUGCUACAGUUGGUGGGAAAAUGAUAAAAUCUGCCGCAAGACUCCCACAGAUCCCAUGUGCAACUUGACAUCGUCUACAGAAAUGAAUGGAAAUAAAAACUGCCAGAAUUCUUCAUUCCAUAAGAUUCGAAGCGAACACUUCUGGGAUGUUACAGUUUUACAUCGUUCAAGUUCAAUUAAUGAGACUGGGAAGGUCCUCUGGCAUCUAGCUGUCUGUCUACUCAUAACUUGGCUAAUAGUUUUACUCGUGCUAUGCAAAGGAAUCAAAUUUUCUGGAAAGGUGUCUUAUGUUGCUGUGACAAUCCCAUAUGCUUCUCUAGUUUUACUUGUGAUCCGGGGUGUUACCUUAGAGGGAGCCGAUAAAGGGAUUAAAUACUACAUUGGAAGCCCUUCAGACUUCUCCAAAUUGGCUGAUGCUCAGGUUUGGAAAGACGCUACAACUCAAAUUUUCUAUUCUCUGUCGGUGUCGCUGGGGGGUGUAACAGCACUGUCAUCUUAUAACAAAUUCCAGAAUGACUGUUUCACAGAUACCCUCAUUGUUGCUGUUCUUGACUGUCUUACGAGCGUGUUGGCUGGAUUUGCCAUCUUUUCCAUCCUCGGACAUAUGGCUCAUCAAAUUCAAUUAUCAGUUGCAGAGAUUUCACAUUCAGGCAUAGGAUUGAUCUUUCUAGCAUACCCAGAAGCUCUUCUCCACCUUCCAGUUGCCCCUCUCUGGUCCAUUGUAUUUUUUGGUAUGGUUGUCACAACAGGAUUAACCAGUCAGUUUGCAAUUGUAGAAACAAUUAUAACAAGUCUUCAGGAUGAGUUUCCCAGCUUUCUGCGAAACAAACGUUUUUAUGUGACAGUUGCCGUGUGUUUGAUCUCAUACUUAUUCGGAAUUUUGCUCGUAACAGAGGCUGGGAUUUACUGGAUAACUUUAAUUGAUCACUUCUGUUCUGGAUGGGGCCUAAUUUUGAUUGCAAUACUGGAAGUCAUCGGCUUAAGCUGGAUUUAUGGGAUAAACAGAUUCAUCAAGGACAUUGAGAUGAUGAUUGGGGAAAGGAGUUGGCUCUUCUGGCUGUGGUGGAGAGCCUGUUGGAUUAUUGUUACACCUAUUCUGCUGACACUAAUGCUAAUCUGGUCUAUAAUAAUAUUUAGAAAACCAGAAUAUGGAUUUGUGGAGUAUCCUUCUUGGGCAAUAGCCCUUGGCUGGCUUAUGUUAACAUUCUGUUUCCUUUGGGUCCCUGUUAUUGCGCUGGUAGUCAUUGUUUACGCUGAAGGUGACAGCCUGCGCCAGAAAGCCAUUGCAAUUUUCAGGCCAGCUCCUGACUGGGGUCCAUUCUUGGAACAACACCGAGGGGAGCAAUACAGAAAACAACAGGCAUCCACACAAAUCAGUCACUGA